AUGUUGCAUGAUCGCGUAGCAGACAUGUUCUUCGACGAGAACGACUCAGAACUGCUGAAGACGUGGAUCAUCGAGAAGGGCUUGAAGGACGUCUCCGAUGCCGACUCGGACGUGCUGGCCGACUAUGUGAUUGCGCUGGUGAAGACCGACGAGCCAGAGCCUGUCGCAAAGGCGAACUGUGUCGAGAACCUGCGCGACUUCCUCGGCGACCGAUCGGAAGCUGUGGUGGACCAUGUCUUCACGGCGAUCGCGACAAAGGCAUACGAUCCCUCGAAACCGCAAGUCCAAGAUCCAGAGCCGGGGUUGAAUCAGUCGCGGAAGAGACACUACAACGACUGGAAUCAGGACGAGCCGCAGACCAGCUAUCACAAUCAGACCUUCGACAGACCCACGAAGCAGGCGAGACGAGGUGGCAGAGGCGGGCGGCAACAGCAUGGCGGUGCUCCGGCAUGGCAGCACCCAUCGCAACCACAAGGCUUCCCACAGAUGCCUGCACUUCCUCCUGGCAUGCCGCAGCUCGACAUGAGCGAUCCUCUGGGCUCGUUGAUGGCCAUGUCGCAAGCGAUGGGUCUACCUCUACCAAACAUGUCAGGCUUCACGGGCUUGGCGCAGAACGGCAAUGGCUUCGGUGGAGCGCCAGCAAAACGCUGCAGAGACUACGACAACAAGGGCUACUGCUCUCGAGGCGCGCAAUGCCCUUACGAGCACGGCGAUAAUGCGCUCGUUGUACCCGGUCACGAGGAGUACGAUCCUGUGCUGUCCAUCGUGCAGCCCACACGAACAGGAGUGGUCGACACUUCGGCUGGCGCCAGAGGACGAGGGGGGAACAGAGGCAGAGGCAGAGGCCGCGGAACAAGCGGCCGUGGUGGUGCCAAUCGUGCCGACUUCUCGCACCAAGGACCCGUCCACGAUCGAUCCAUGACAACUAUUGUCGUCGAACAAAUACCCGAGGACAAGUUUGAUGAGCAGACUGUCCGCGACUUCUUCAACCAAUUUGGAGACAUUGACGAGGUCACAAUGCAACCUUACAAGCGCCUGGCCAUAGUCCGUUACCGAGAUCAUGACCAAGCACAAACCGCAUACGACAGUCCCAAGAGCGUAUUUGACAACACGUUCGUCAAGGUUCACUGGUACAAGCCGGACAGCUUGCCCCGUCCACCAAACGGACAUGCUGCAAGUCCUGCGCCUCAGAGAAACGGAGGAGAUGUGGAGAUGCAAGAAGAGGAGCCACAAAUCGACCUCGAAGAGCUCGCAAGGAAACAGGAGGACGCACAGCGGCGACAUGAAGAGCAAAAGAAGCAGCGAGAGCAAGCAGAGCAGCAGAGGAACGAUCUUGCAGCAAAGCAGAAAGCUGUCGAGGAAGAGAAGAGGAGGCUGGCUGAGAUGCUCGCGAAGAGGACCAAGAAGACGCCACAGACAGAAGCGAAUGGUGCAAGUCCUCCCGACAACAAGAACGACGCUGCAGCACUCCUCAAGAGACUGGAGGAAGAGGCGAAGGGACUCGGCAUCGAUCCAGAGGCAGCCUACAACGAAUCUGCAAACCCUGCAUAUCCGUACCGCGGCCGAGGCGGCUUUCGAGGCCGCUACAGAGGACGAGGUGGGUACAGAGGACGAGGUGGGUACAAUCCGGGCUUUCGAGGCGGCUGGCAUGGCGCGAGAGGCGGCGCGGUGAAGAGACUAGACAAUCGACCAAAGUCGGUUCUGGUGGUCUUCACCGACGGUACCUUCGACGAGCACGAAGAAGCUCUGCGGCAAUGGAUUCUGUUUAAUGGAUCAGAAACCCACGACCUGAGCAAACACCCUACUCGCUCCGACGCUGUUGUUGUAUCAUGCACCGAGCGAUACAUUGCCGAGAACUUCAUGGCGAUGGCAUCGAUGCCUGACUUCCAGCUUGCCGGUAAGGUCGAAUUGUCUUGGUAUAAGCCGGAAGCCACAGAGAGCACUCCAUCCGAAGAGAUGAAGGUCGACGUCCCAACGAGCGACAAUGCGCCAGUUCCGGACGAGCGCACUGACAUGAGGGAAGAUUUCGACACCGCCGACGAUGAUAGGUUCUGA